UAACAAGAAAGGAGAAAAGGGAAGAAAGUCAAGAAAAAAAAAAGCAAGAAAACAACAAGAAGAUAACAAAGUCCAAGGAAGAGAAAAGGAACUGGAAAAUACAGUGGAAAAACAAAUAAUUAAUAUAAAGAGGAGGAUUCAGAGGAGAAAGAACAAACACAAGGAACAUAAGUAUUCUUUCCGAGUGUUACGCCCUUCUUUAGCGCUUGUCCAUUGUUCAUUUCUUUCUUCCUUGUCGAUACCCUUUUCUUAUUCUCACUUGCCCCCUGUUCCCCCCUUCAUCAGCCUCAUCAGCCUUUGUAUCUGCCCACCAUGUCAUCCGGGUUGGCCUCCGACGAAGUUGCCGAGGACUACAAGAAUUCCUUGGAAGAUCUAACCAACAAUGACAGGUUUCAGAUCAGCAAUCUGACUGUCAUAGCCAAGGAGAACACUGAACAUGCGAUGGCCAUCUCCCGCGUGUUGGAGAACCACAUUCGAACAACUCCGCCGGCUCAGAAGUUGCCCGCCUUGUAUGUAGUCGAUUCGAUUGUCAAGAACGUAGGCACGCCCUACACUCUGUUCCUGGGUCGCAAUCUGUAUCAGACCUUCAUGAACGCCUACACACUGGUCGAUUCGCAGACGCGCAAGAAGUUGGAUGAGAUGCUCAAAACCUGGAAGGAGCCGGUGCCCGGUUCCCUCGACACCAGGCCCGUUUUCCCUCCAGAAAUCACUCGCAGUAUUGAGAGUGCUCUGAUCAAAGCAAGGACUGCAGCGCUUCAGCAGCAGCAGGCUCGAACUCAACAAGACAUCCUCGCUCGCGGUCGAGUUGGCACUCCUCCAGCGUGGAACAGCACUCCGACACCACCGCAAGGCAUGGGCCGCCAUCCACCUGCUGCAAAUCAGGCUUUACCCAUGCAUUACCAGCGCAAUGGCUCUGGUCACGGAUAUCCACCAUCGCAGGGUGAAUCGUACUCUUCACGGGGAACCCCGACUCCCCAAGCCCAGCCACGUACAACAGAGGUUGAUCUCGCCGCUCUCAACCGAGAUAUUGAGGCUCUUAUUGCCACCGCCAGAAGCGAUUUUGCCAACAAUCCACUAGACCCCUCGAUACAGCAACGACUGAAGGCUCUUCUGGAUCUUCAGGGUAUCUUGCAACGGCAAGAACUCACCCAGGAGCAAUUGAGACUCGUCCGCGACCAGGUUUCAGCUCUCGCUCCGAAGCCUGCAAUUCCGGCUCCUCAAGUUAUUGCUCCAACUGUUCCAGCUGUUUCAACGCCCCCCAUGGCUACUCCCCCAGCCCAAACACUUUCGCAACCUUUACAACAGCUCCUCAAUCCUGGCACGCUUGCCGGGCUCCUCAAAGCUACUGCUACACGUCAGCAGCCGACUCCGCCGCCUCAAAUCCACAAUAUCCUACCACAGAUGCCCACUAAUACCACCGCGCCGCAACCACCAUCCGUCAGCGCCGCACCAGAAAAUCCUCUCAUUGCAGCCCUAAGAGCGCAGGGCUUGCUUCCACCGGCCUCGGCACCUCCGGCCGCUUUCACUGCUGCUCCGCCACCAAAUGUCGCGCCUGCUUUCCCACUAAUCGUACCGGGUCAAGUGCGAGUCACGCCUCCCGUCGCGACGCCGCAGGCACAACAAGGUACAUCGAAUGCGCAAAUAAACGUUCAAAUGAGUACAGCGUCCAUCAAGAUCCCUCGACCAAUGCUGCUCUCCAGCCUCUACGAGACCCGGUCAAACCGGUGUGGAACAUGCGGUCAACGUUUCUUUGCAACGGAAGAAGGGAAGGAGAAGAAAGCUCGCCAUUUGGAUUGGCACUUCCGAACCAACCAGCGCAUGUCUGAGGCAGCUAGGCGGGCCCAAAACCGCAGCUGGUACGUUGAUGAACGGGAUUGGAUCAAAUCCCGUGAGGCGGGAGAUGAACAAGACCUUGCGGAGACGGAGGCCUCGGCUGAGGGUGUUGCUGGUGCUGACGGCGCUGCGACGAAGAAGGGGCCUCCUAAGCAGUGGAUCCACGCCCCGAAUGACGCGACAUUGCGAAACACCCCUUGCCCUAUCUGCCAAGAGAAGUUUGAGUCGACAUGGUCAGAGGAUGUACAGGACUGGAUCUGGCAGGACGCAGUCAAGGUGGGAAGUCGCGUGUACCACGCCAGUUGCUAUGCCGAAGUGACCAAGGACGGACCUACGCCAGCCAACCGGGGGACACCGUCAGGACGAACUGGGACUCCCGAGUCUGUUUUGGGAAAACGCAAGGCUGAGGGAACCGAUUCUCCUGGAUCCAAUGUACGGAUCAAAACAGAGCCCGUGUGAUCGGGGUGUACACUCCCUUCUCUCGCUUCUCUUCUUCUCCUCCUCUUUGUUGAUGAUUCUCUGCUUUUGAGCGAAGAUGCAUCGUUCA